CCGCCCGACCGGCGGCGGCAGCAGCGGUGGCGGCGUCCCGACCCUGGACCCGUCCGGUGUGCGGCGAAGGCCGGCAUGGCGGUGCCGUGGGUUCUGCCCGCGCCCCUCAGCCCGGCGCAGCUGAAGCGCCUGGAGCAGCACCGCUACAGCGCGACCGGGUGCUCGCUGCUGGAGCCGUGGCUGCAGCCCUACUGGGCCUGGCUGGUGGAGCGGGUCCCGCUGUGGCUGGCCCCCAACGCCAUCACCCUGGGCGGCCUCCUGCUGAACUGUCUGACGGCGCUGCCGCUCAUCGCAUUCUGCCCCAGCGCCACCGAGCAGGCACCUUUUUGGGCAUACAUCCUGGGUGCAAUAGGACUUUUUAUCUACCAGUCUCUGGAUGCCAUUGAUGGGAAGCAAGCCAGAAGAACAAACAGUAGCUCUCCUCUAGGAGAGCUCUUUGAUCAUGGUUGCGACUCUCUUUCCACAGUUUUUGUUGUCCUUGGAUCCUGCAUAGCAAUCCGACUAGGAACAAAUCCCGACUGGUUGUUUUUCUGUUGUUUUGUGGGACUGUUCAUGUUCUAUUCUGCUCACUGGCAGACAUAUGUAUCAGGCACACUAAGGUUUGGAAAAAUUGAUGUAACUGAAGUUCAGAUAGCCAUAACAAUGUUGCUCUUGAUAUCGGCAUGUGGUGGCACAGCAAUAUGGGACUAUAAAGUGCCUUUGGUGGGCUUAGAACUGAAGUUCUUUGCAGUUUUUGGCAUACUGUGUGGAACAACACUUUCUUUUAUCAAUUACUUCCGUGUCAUCUUUGGUGGAGGGGUUGGAAAGAAUGGAUCUACAAUAGCAGGAACGAGCGUUCUUUCACCAGGCUUGCACAUUGGAUUACUUAUCACACUGGCCAUUAUGAUCUAUAAAAAGUCUACAACUCAGCUGUUUGAAAAACAUUCUUGCCUGUAUGUCUUGACAUUUGGAUUUGUGAAUGCCAAAAUCUCACAGAAGUUGGUGGUGGCUCACAUGACAAAAAGUGAAAUCUGUCUGCAGGACACUGCAUUUAUUGGGCCAGGACUUCUGUUUUUGGACCAGUACUUCAACAGUUUCAUUGAUGAAUAUAUUGUUCUCUGGAUAGCACUGUUCAUAUCCAUGUUUGAUAUGCUGAGAUAUGCCACUGGUGUAUGCCUACAGAUUGCUGCUCAUCUUCAUAUACAUGUCUUCAGAAUUUCAUCUCAUCAAGCUCCUGAACAGGUACAAGUUGUUUCUCCAUUGAGCCAUCAGAAUAACAUGGACUGAAGAGACUUGCGAACAGUUGCCAUCUCCUGCUGUUGCUGUUACGAGAAAAGGAGAUAAUACUGAACAAAUGCCAUAUCAAUGAUUCCUUUGAGCUAAUUAAAUGAAUGUUAAAAGACUUU